CGUCAAGGGGCGCGCGGUGGCAGCACCUCCCCGCGCGCUAGUUAAAAAGAAGAAGAAAAGAGGGAACGAAACAUGAGAGGCUGUGUGAAAAGCUACAGCCGCCGGCAGAGGAGACCUCAGCAUCAUCUAGAGCCCAGCGCUGGCCCUGCCUCCGCCUGCCCCGCCGCCACCGUCGCCGUUUCUGUUCCUGCUACUGUGUCACCUAAACAACUCCCGUUACACCGACAAGUGAACCUCUGUGACCGUCUUCUCCUCCUCUUCUUCCUCCUCCUCUUCCAACUUCUUCUCCUCCUCCCACUUCCCAGGCGCAGAAGAAAGCCCCCCACCCAACUGACACUGGCACAACCGCAAACGGUGUCAACCGCACAACUUUAUCUCGUUCCUCGGGCUCCGCCAAGGUAUUGGGCCCAUCGCCUCGUCUUUUAUUUUUUUGCAAAGUUGCAUCGCUCUACAUCUUUUCGCCCCCGCCACCUCUCUCUGCCUCUUAAGCGUCCUGCCGCCCCUCAGCCUCCUCCUGGAGCUGCGCCCUAGUGCCCCUGCUGGGCAGUGGCGUCCCCCCCACCCCCAUCCUCCCGCGCCCAGCCCCUGCCGCGCGGGGCAGACGAUGCUGAAGAUGCUCUCCUUUAAGCUGCUGCUGCUGGCCGUGGCUCUGGGUUUCUUUGAAGGAGAUGCUAAGUUUGGGGAAAGAAGCGAAGGGAGCGGAGCGAGGAGGAGAAGGUGCCUGAAUGGGAACCCCCCGAAGCGCCUGAAAAGGAGGGAUAGGCGGAUGAUGUCCCAGCUGGAGCUGCUGAGUGGGGGAGAGAUGCUCUGCGGUGGCUUCUACCCUCGGCUGUCCUGCUGCCUGCGGAGUGACAGCCCGGGGCUGGGACGCCUGGAUAGCAAGAUAUUCUCUGUGACCAACAACACAGAAUGCGGGAAGUUACUGGAGGAAAUCAGAUGUGCGCUCUGCUCUCCACACUCCCAGAGCCUUUUCCACUCACCUGAGAGAGAAGCCUUGGGAAGAGACCCAGUGCUUCCCCUGCUCUGCAAAGACUAUUGCAAAGAAUUCUUUUAUACUUGCCGAGGCCAUAUUCCAGGUUUCCUUCAAACUACUGCUGAUGAGUUUUGCUUUUAUUAUGCAAGAAAAGAUGGUGGCUUGUGCUUUCCAGAUUUUCCAAGAAAACAAGUCAGAGGACCAGCAUCUAAUUACUUGGACCAGAUGGAAGAAUACGACAAAGUGGAAGACAUUAGCAGAAAGCAUAAGCACAACUGCUUCUGUAUCCAGGAGGUUGUGAGUGGGCUGCGCCAGCCUGUCAGCGCCCUGCAUAGUGGGGACGGCUCACACCGUCUCUUCAUUCUGGAAAAAGAAGGUUACGUGAAGAUACUUACCCCUGAAGGAGAAAUUUUCAAGGAGCCUUAUUUGGACAUUCACAAACUUGUUCAAAGUGGAAUAAAGGGAGGAGAUGAAAGGGGACUGCUAAGCCUUGCAUUCCAUCCCAAUUAUAAGAAAAAUGGAAAGCUGUAUGUGUCUUAUACCACCAACCAGGAACGGUGGGCCAUGGGGCCUCAUGACCAUAUUCUCAGGGUUGUGGAAUACACAGUCUCCAGAAAAAAUCCCCAUCAAGUUGAUUUGAGAACAGCCAGAGUAUUCCUAGAAGUCGCAGAACUCCACAGAAAACAUCUGGGGGGACAGCUGCUCUUUGGUCCUGAUGGCUUUUUGUACAUCAUCCUCGGUGACGGGAUGAUCACACUGGAUGAUAUGGAAGAAAUGGACGGGUUAAGCGACUUCACAGGUUCGGUGCUCCGGCUGGACGUGGACACUGACAUGUGUCAGGUGCCGUAUUCCAUACCCAGGAGCAACCCGCACUUCAACAGCACCAACCAGCCCCCGGAGGUGUUUGCCCAUGGCCUGCAUGAUCCAGGCAGAUGUGCUGUGGAUCGACACCCCACUGAUAUCAACAUCAAUUUAACAAUUCUUUGUUCAGACUCCAAUGGAAAGAACAGAUCAUCAGCCAGAAUCCUACAGAUAAUAAAGGGGAAAGAUUAUGAAAGUGAGCCAUCACUUUUAGAAUUCAAGCCUUUCAGUAAUGGUCCUUUGGUUGGAGGAUUUGUUUACCGAGGCUGCCAGUCUGAAAGACUCUAUGGAAGCUACGUGUUUGGAGACCGUAAUGGGAAUUUCUUAACUCUCCAGCAAAGUCCUGUGAGCAAGCAAUGGCAAGAAAAACCACUCUGUCUCGGCAACGGUGGUUCCUGUAGAGGUUACUUUUCAGGUCACAUAUUGGGAUUUGGAGAAGACGAAUUAGGUGAAGUUUACAUUCUAUCAAGUAGUAAAAGUAUGACCCAGACUCACAAUGGAAAACUCUACAAAAUCGUAGAUCCCAAAAGACCUCUGAUGCCUGAGGAAUGUAGGGCCACAGUCCACCCUGCCCAGACGCUGACGUCGGAGUGCUCCCGCCUCUGUCGGAAUGGCUACUGUACCCCCACGGGCAAAUGCUGCUGCAGCCCAGGAUGGGAAGGGAACUUCUGUCGAAUCGCAAAAUGUGAGCCAGCAUGUCGCCAUGGCGGUGUCUGUGUUAGACCCAACAAGUGCCUCUGUAAGAAAGGAUAUCUUGGUCCUCAAUGUGAACAAGUGGAUAGAAACCUCCGCAGAGUGACCAGGGCAGGUAUUCUUGAUCAGAUCAUUGACAUGACAUCUUAUUUGCUGGAUCUAACAAGUUACAUUGUAUAGUUUCUGGGACUGUUUGACUAUUCUUUUCCAAUGGGCAUUUAUUUUUUAUCCCGUCAUUAAAAAGAACGACUAUUAUCCUGCUACACACUCCUGUGAUUUCAUUUUCUUUGAUUAAUUUGAAAGUCAUUUCCCAAGUUGUACAGGUCCUGUGUGUGUAUAUUGGCACGUUUGUUCACAUAUGCACGUACACACACACACAUACUCACAACCCCUAUGCGUGUGGUUGCAUAACAGAUGGGUUUUUAAAAUAUACAUUUCCUUGUGCAGAGUAAUUUCCCCGGAAAUUCCAUUGUAAAUUGAUAACGGAAUUUUUAUGUCACCAGAAGAUGUUAUUUGACGUCCCAGGAAUUUUCUGUCUGUAGUCACUAAAGUCAACUUCAAUGGAGUUUUAAAACAUUACUGUGCAAUCUGAUGAAUUUAAUUAAAAAGGCCAUAUUUUUAUAUUAAAGAAUUAUAAUAUGAGAGAAUAUUUCAGAACUCCCUGAUGAAUUUCUCAGUGGGCAACUUGAUGUAAAAUUGUAAUCUUCAUUCUUACCAAUGUAUUCAAUUGCAGAAUGUUACCCACUUGCCUUUUUUAUUGGUGGAGCAAUUUGGUUACUCUAGCUUAACUUCAAGAUUGUUUUCAAGUGUUUUAUAAUUAAAUCAUAACAGCAUAUUCUAAAACCAGUCUUCCUAAAAAGUCUGCUUUUAUUGUAUAAUUAUUUAACAGUAGGCACUGGGUUUGUGUUACGUAUUUAUAUUUUUUAUUUUAUUUUUAUAAUAUAGACAUCACCUAGAUGAAACACCUUUACCCUGUCCUGUAAAAUACUAAAGUUACCUUUUUCACCAACCUAAUUGGAAAGAAGGGGAGUGAGAAAGCAAACAGUCUUUAAUGUGCUGUGGAUCUAAUCUAGCAAUGCAUCCUUGUGCCAACAUGUAAUCAUUAAUGACGGAUGAAAAAGCAAGAAAACAACCAAUCUUUAUAAAAUUCCAGCAUUAAACAUUUGUAAAGUGCUUUUCACCAUAGCAAGACUGUCAGAGUAUCUGUGAUUCAAAUGUUUCAGGUUUCACACUGAAUCGAACCUCACUGGAGAAGAGUUCACUCGUUUUUAACAAACCUUGGCUAUGUAAGCUGUCACUUGUACAAAUUUUUCAUAUGAUCAUUCUUGCCAGAUAUGACUUUUAAUGUAUACGUUCCUUUGGAACUCAAUGAAAAUCCUCUUUGGUUCAUGUAUGAAUAAAUUUUCUGUAAAUGCUCUGUUCAGGUUUUUCAAGAAAUGUCAUGUUCUAACUUAAAACUGCAAAAAGUCUGGUAGACGUUUUUCUUCCUGGUUUUUGAGGCCAGUCUGCCACAUUUGGACUAUAACAAAAUUAUAAGGCCUCUUUGCACUACUGAAAAAACAUCGGCUCAUGACACGUGGGCACCCACUAUAGGUUGUCGUUCUCUAAACAUCUGUUCCUCCGGAAUCUAAAUAGUUGAGCGCAGGCCACAUUAUGCACACACACUGACUUCCCAAACGUGCUCCUUACCUUUGGGAAUAGGAGCCUCAAUUAAAAGGCUAAAAUAAAAUCUUGUAGCUAGUGUUUCUCUAUUGUUUUAAAGCUUUUGCAAUUGAAGCACAGUGAGAAACCACAAUGUGGCAAGGUUGGUUAAGUACACUGCUCUUGUCUUCCAUAUAUGAUUACUUAAGUUUCAAGUGACCUCAUGCCAAAUGGAAAUGGGUUGACAAAUCUUGGUGCAGUGCUUAGUGAACAAUAGCCUGCAUUAAAAAGUGCAUGCAUAAUUUUGCACAAUUUAGAUUCAAUUGACAGUCUAUUCAAAGAAGUCUCAGGAUUAAAUGAGCAUGGAGACCAAAUUGCCCUCUUACCCCAGAAAAGGGGUGGUCCCUUCUAGUCACACUAACACUUCAUUGGCCCAACAGAGUGACAAAUCUUGCAGUGAACCCUGCAGUAGCCUGCAUCUGUAGGUUAAUAGCGGUCUUUUGUUCCCGUUGCUUUCUCUUCAUAGCCCUUUUACUGAAUUCCAUCACAGAAAGUUUUACAAUUAAAAAAAAAAAAUGUCCUGACAACCAUUUUUGUAAAUGGACCUUACCAUCUAAUCGUCUCUUAUUCAACGUGGGUGACAUUAACAAAAUGUGAACUUCUUGUGAGGGAGCCAGCUGUCUAAAUCUGUCAAAUUGUGCAGUUUUAUUACACAUUCUCCUGUUCAUAGUUUCACUGAAAACAAUAAGGAUACUGCUAUAUAAUCAGCAAAAUCUGAAAGACACAGCGUUUCUUCUUACAUCUUUAAUCUUUCCAUCUUUCCCAAAAGAAUCUUUCCAAAAGAAAAGGUGUUCUAUUGCCAUUUGUUCUUCUACUUAAAAAUAUCCAUAUUAAAUUAACCAGACACAAUUUUUUAUACAAUUCUUUCCCAAGUGAAAGAGUUUCAGACUACUUAGAAAAACAUAUGUACCCCAGGUAUCAUUGCCUUUCUUGUGUGAGUCACUAAAAUAACAAGAUCCAGAAUAUUAAACCCCAGCAAAGAAAGUCAUUAGAGUCAUUUCUUUCUAUUCUUAGGAGAGAAGUAAAUAGCAAUGGCUAAUUAAUAGCUGCAUAUUCUAAACUCAGUACUCAUUUCAAAAAAAAUUUUUUUGACCUUUCUUUUCAAGCAGAUUUUUAAAAUAUAUGACUGGAGAAUUAUCUUAAAUGAUUUAUACUGAGAGGCAAGUAGGAAUUGGUUAAAAAGUAUGAGCUAGGGAAAUUUUGUUUUAUCACAUGAAUGGCAACAUCUACUGGGUUCAAAAAGCACACAAUCAGAAUGGAAGAAAAAUGUCCUUGCUAAGAAUGCUGAUGUAUGAGAUAAAGUAAACAGAAAAAUGUGGGUUAUUACCCUUUGUCCAUUCUAGAGCUUAAGUUUUGGGUGUCAAUUUAAUGUGAAAUGCCGUUAUGGUGGUUUAUAUAGAGUUGAGAAAAAAACUUUCUGCCACCACUUUUGUCAAACUCUUGUUCUCGUUAGUAGAACUUCAUUUUUCUUGCCAAUUAUUUAAGGUAAUAAGAAGAAAACUGAAUUGGCACACCAUAAAAGUGGAAAGAAAGGAAGACUUAAGAAACUUGAGUGAUAGUAAAAAGUACUUCCAUCCAUACCUUUUCUUUUUGGAAUUUUGUUUCAAUGUGGCUGUUGUAAAAAAUAUCUUUUAUUUUAUCACAAAGAACACUCAGAAGUUUUCUAAUUAAUGGACUAUUUCAUACAAUGUGGACAUACAACCUAAAUAGAAAACCAUUCUCUUUUUCAUUUACAUACUUCAGAGCAGGUACUUCUUCACUACUUAUUUCUUUGAAAAUAAUUACAUGAUAAUGUACUAACAAUUUUUAACAUUUUUUGGAUAUUGUUUUUAUCUCCAAAUCAUAAACUAAACAAACUACAUGAGGUGUAGGAGCUAUGGUUAGAUGCUAUAUCUAGCAUCUUUGAAGUAGGCUUUAAACUUUUAUUAGUCUAACUUUGGGGGUUUGUAACACAAAAGAGGACCUAAACAUACAUUUUUAAGAGGAAAAAUGAGGUAUAUCAUAGGCAUUUGAUUAAUAAAUUAAAGUUUCUGAGUGUCUCUAUAGAAUAUCAUCCACGAUAGUAUUAUCUAUCUUUGUCUCUUUGUCUUUAAUACUAUCUCUUUUCUUCUCCCCUCCCCACUGACCCCAUAUCUCCUUCUUCCUCUUAACCUCUCUCCUCCUAUAUUUCCAUUGGUUUGACUAAACAGAUAUGUCCUCAGUACACCCAUAAUAAAGAUGUCUGGGGGCAGGCUGCUAUUGAUUUUGCUGGCUAUGAUCUUUUCUUUAUUCUCUUGAAAAAGAUCCCCUCCUAGUACCACAAUUGCUCAAAUUCUAUAUCAUAAAGAACAGUAGACAAAUGUGAACAUACUAGACUGACUUAUUUCAAUCAGAAAUAACAAAAACCAUAAAAGACAACCAGCCUGGUUGUUCCAGUUCUGCUGGGGUUUCAUCUUGGCUACAGCAAAGACUAUCCCAGUCAAGAACACAAGUGAACAGCAGGGAAAAUUAGUUGCCAUCUCCUAUUCAAGCAACAACCAUCUCUACAGAGUCUAUUUUAAAGACAAUUAUUCCAAAUAUCUGAGGGAAAAAUAAGCAGUUUCUCAAUGGAGAUUUCAGAAUAUUUUUUCACCACUCCUGGGAUGAGACUUGAACUUAUAGAGAACUCAUACCGAAGUUCCAUGCCCAGAAAAUGUACCUAUUUCUUUAUUACCCUUAGGAAGUUAGUGGGCCUGUUACUGUGACUACUGGCAAUACCUUUAGAAAGCGCCUCUUUAGAAUAUCCUAAAGAAACAUAGGUUUGUUCUCUUACCUUUCUUUCUCUUCAUCACAUCAACACAAAUCAGUCUUGCCUCCAGUUAUCAGUAUGGUAGCAAAGAAGGUGGGAAACCUAAGAAUAGAAGCAUUUCCAUUACUUCUCUCUCUACUACUCCUGAGUUUUGAAAACUACCUUAAAAUAACUGAUUAGGAGAGUACAGUGUCCUCAUGAGAGCAUGAAAAAAUGUGCCAUUUUCUUCUUGAUCAUUGUCGUUGUUUCCUAGUGGCUAUGAAGGGAUUUACUCAUUUAUCAGAUUAGCUCUUUUCCUAAAUUCUCCCUUAAAUGUGAGCCCAAGAUAUGCCUAUUAUUUACCUUGCUUUCUUUUUUAUAGGUCAUCUCUAAGUUGGUUGAAAGAAGUAAAAAAUAAUGAUCCCUUGUAUUGACAUAAAACUUCAGGCAUAAAAUUUGUCACUGCUUUUUUAAAGCCAGAAUACACAGAGACAUAAAAAAAAAAAGAUAUCAAUUCAACAUGAAUUCUAAAGUUACACCUUAUGUAUGUCACAAAGUCAGACAUCACAUUUCAGUCAGCAUGUUUUUUCACAUAUAUAGAUCAUGUAUUACCUAAAACCAAAAUAUGUGUAUACAUAUACAAGCAAAUUAAAACACAUGUUUGGUGAGUUAUCUCAACUGACUAUAAUCUUUCAAGUAAAAAAAAAAAAUUUUAGCACACAGGAUAGAAAGAACAGAACAUUAACAGCAACAGAAAAGUCAUAAUGGCUAAAUAGAAAAUAAGCUCUGUCUUCACAGUUAGAAACUAAUUCUUGUACAUUUCCCUUUGCACUUAAAAAUAACUAGCCAAGAGUUUUCAUUCACAUAGAACAACAUGGGAUCAGAUUGGUGCAGUCUAUGCCCAAAAGAUAUGCUGGAUAUUUCUUUACCUUACAUUCUUAAAACCAGAAACAAUGACUUUCAUAGAGUAAAUUAAGAGUUUAUGUAUAGUAGAACCUAAUCUAUUAACACAUUAUUAAUGCGUUCUCUUCAUAAUACUAUUACUGAGAAAUCAAAUUGACAACCUUAUAAGAUAUCAGGUAUUUCCCAUAUAUCAUUAUAUUCAUAGGACACUUUUUGGACAUGCAAUUUACCAAGAACAAUGUAGUAACGAGAUAAAUGAUACUGAGGUACCGUGGAAUUUUUGGAGCUUGAUUCCCUAGGACAUGCUAAAGAAGACUAUUUAUUUAAAAGAAACCCCUCUAAAAUGAAACAACAGCAAGUCAUUAUAAUUAAUAAGCAUAAAUAAAUCUGUAAAGAACACCCCUUAUCUUUCCUGCCUUUAUUCGUGAGUAAUUUUGUCCAGUUUUAAAGAAUGGUUAACUUCAUCAUUCUUCUAACACAUUUUGGUUUUCCUAGUUGUUCGUUUUCCUUUCGAUUGUUGACAAUUAGGGUAAUUUGUCCAUAACUUUACUCACAGAAGAUACUUUGCUGGAAUUUCUGUUAAUAAGAGGCAGAAGCUGUGGGAACAAUUAAUGAAAGUGGGUACACAUUUGAGGGAGCAGAGUUAAUAUAUGUACUAGUUGGAAUCUCUAUAAGUGUUCUUCUGGAAAAGUAACAUGCAAAGUCGCUGGCUCAGAUAAUCCUUCUAAAUUUGAAUUAAUCUGAUUUACUUAACCAAGUUACUAUAAUAUUCAGGUCUCUUUGAUUGGUCUUCUAUUAUUCAACCAUCCAUCCAUCCAUUAAUUCAACAAAUAUUUAUUGAAGUGCCCAGCGUGAUUAUGUGCUAUGGAAAAGGCAAGGAUGUUUACAAUGGGGGAUUGUGAGCCCAAUGGAUAUGAUGAACGUGUUUGAAGCAAAAGACAAUAAUCACAUCCAACUAGCUCCAAUUCAGCUCAAUAUCAAAAUCCAGCAGUACUAGUACAGAUGGCCUAAAGUACAUCUGUGUGUAUCUGUAUGUGUGCACACACCCAUGUAUAUAUAUUUAUCUAUCUGUACAAACACGACAUAUGUAUACACACUAUCUAUGUAAUAUAUAAUAUAUGUAUAAUGCAUAUAAAUUCUAACAAGUGUAUUUGUGUUAUCUUUAAAAUAGAACAAUUGUAUCUUGAAGUGAUAAAUGGAGAGAAUUGGUUUUUAUUGUUGAUCUGUGGAUUUACUGAUUUUAGGUGAAAAGGAUGUUUAAGUGUAUAAUUUCUUUUCUUAAUUUAAUAUAUUUAUGUAAAUGCAUGCCUGAAAUUUGGUUAGAUUGGCUGUGUUUUGUGUCCUUUAACAUGAUCAAAUGUAUUAAACUUUAUCUUAUGACCCGA